AUGGCUAAUGAGAACUACACAAGAAUCACAGAAUUCAUUUUCCUAGGCUUAAAGUACAACCCUCGGCUGCAGGUUUUCCUUUUCUUGCUCUUUCUGCUUUUUUAUCUUGUUACGAUGACAGGAAAUCUAGGCAUGAUCAUUCUCAUCCGGGUGGACUCACGCCUUCACACGCCCAUGUACUUUUUUCUCAGCCACCUGUCCUUCGUGGAUAUCUGUUUCUCCUCAGUCGUGGGUCCCAAGAUGCUCACCGACUUCUUCGCCGAAAGGAAAUCCAUCUCUUUCCUGGGAUGCGCUUUGCAACAGUGGUUCUUUGGUUUCUUUGUGGCCAUUGAGUGUCUUCUCCUGGCAUCCAUGGCCUACGACCGUUACGUGGCCAUUUGUAACCCCCUCCUGUAUUCAGUGGCUAUGUCUCAGAGACGGUGCAUACAGUUGGUCGUUGGACCUUACGCGGUUGGUUUCUUCAACACCAUGACCCACACCACGGCUGCUUUUCGGCUUCCCUUUUGUCGCUCCAACAUUAUCAAUCAUUUCUUCUGUGACAUGUCUCCCUUGCUUUCUCUUGUCUGUGCUGACAUCUGGAUCAAUAAGUUGUUGGUUUUUAUUGUGGCCGGGGCUGUGCUGGUGGUGAGCAGCCUGACCAUUAUCAUCUCUUACUUCUACAUCCUCGUGGCCAUCCUGAGCAUCCGCUCUGCGGAUGGGCGGCGCAAGGCCUUUUCCACCUGCUCCUCCCACAUUACGGCGGUUUCCAUCCUGUACGGGACUCUGUUCUUUAUCUACGUGCGGCCCAGUGCCAUCUCCUCUCUGGACCUCAAUAAGGUGGUGUCGGUGUUCUACACCGCGGUGAUCCCCAUGUUGAAUCCCCUCAUCUACAGCUUGAGAAACAAAGAAGUGAAAGCCGCCAUGGGUAGGCUGGUCAACAGGAAGUUCUUCCUUACAAAUUAA